GAGCGGAAGAUGGACUGCGGGGGGAGGCAGAGGAAAUGCUCGCCGAUAACUUCAGCACCUGGACAGCGACCCGCAGGAGGCUCGUCUGUCCUGCGGUGACUUUUCAGCUGCGUGAGGAGGAGCGAUGCGGAUGAGCAGCGCGCACUGAGGCCCGUCUGCUAGACCGCGGCUGCUGUCGUCUUGCGGGGCGCUAUAUUAGUAGCGGUUCGCACCGCGUACUGCUGCAAGAGAGCCUUCGGAUCAGGGCGCAGAGGCAGCAUCCCCUUCGCUCGCUGCCUGCGGGACUGAUCGGGACUGUAUUUUUGCUAAGUGGGGGGGCACUUUGGGGGGAGACGGAGCGGGGGACUCGCGUAUUUCUUUGUUCCGAAGUGAAAGUGCGAAGAUGCCGUGUCUGGGAUGGAGGAUUGCGCUAUUGCUGUGGACGCUGAGCCGCAUCCGCAGCUCCGGCGCGGCGCUUCCAGCAUCCCUGAAAUGUGAUGAGGUCCUGGCCACGCCCCUCGCUCACCACGCAUUCUCCGCCUCGUCGGUCUUCGCCAGCGGCUACGCUGCAGGCUACGCCAAGCUCAACCGGAGAGGAGGGGCGGGAGGCUGGUCCCCACUGGAUAAUGACCAUUACCAGUGGCUGCAAGUGGACCUGGGUGGUAGGAAGCAGAUCACCGCCAUAGCAACACAAGGCAGGUACAGCAGCUCUGAUUGGACGACGCAAUACAGACUGCUCUACAGCGACACAGGAAGGAACUGGAAGCCAUAUCAGCAGGACGGUAACAUCUGGGCGUUCCUGGGCAACUCCAACACCGAGAGCGUGGUGCGGCACGAGCUGCAGCAUGCCAUCGUGGCGCGUUUCCUGCGCUUCAUCCCGCUCAAGUGGAGCGCUGAGGGCCGUAUCGGACUGCGCAUCGACGUCUACGGCUGCGCCUACUGCAGCAACCAGUACGGCUCCAUCCUCGGUCACACGUCGGUGACGAGCGGCAGCCUCCUGGACGACAACCACUGGCACACGGCGGUCAUCGAGCGCUACCGGCGUAACGUCAACUUCACGCUGGACCGGCACACGCAGCACUUCCGCACCAACGGCGAGUUCGACCACCUCGACCUGGACUACGAGCUUACCUUUGGUGGAAUGCCGUUCUCCGGAAAGCCCAGCUCAGGGAGCAGGAAGAACUUCAUCGGCUGUAUGGAGAGCAUCAACUACAACGGCGACAACAUCACGGACCUCGCCAGGAGGAAGAAGCUGGACACGUCCAGUUUUCGGAACCUCACCUUCUCCUGCGCCGAGUCCCACACCUUCCCCGUCUUCUUCAACGCCACCAGCUUCCUGCGUCUCCCCGGCCGCUUCGGCCGCGACACCGCCUCCGUCAGCUUCCACUUCCGCACCUGGAACCCCAGCGGGCUCCUGCUGUACAGCGCCAUGGCCGACGGCACCGUGGAGGUGGGCCUGACCGAGGGCAAGGUCGCCGUCCACAUCAACGUCACGCAGAAGAAGAACACGCGCAUCGAGAUCUCCUCAGGUUCCGGGCUUAACGAUGGCCAGUGGCAUGAAGUCCGCUUCCUGGCCAAGGAGAACUUCGCGCUGCUGACCAUCGACGGGGACGAAGCCUCGGCCGUGAGGACCAACACACCCAUCCAGAUCAAGACGGGGAGCACAUACUACUUUGGAGGAUACUUCUUGCGCAGCAGCUCAUCACCCAUGCAGCGCUCCUUCCAGGGCUGCAUGCAGCUGAUCCACGUGGACGACCAGCUGGCCGACCUGCACGGAGUGGAGCAAGGCAGGCUGGGGGCUUUUGAGAAUGUCAGCCUGGACAUGUGCGCCAUCAUAGACCGGUGCGUGCCCAACCACUGCGAGCACGGCGGCAGGUGCAGUCAGAGCUGGGACAGCUUCAGCUGCAGCUGCGAGGGCACCGGAUACGCCGGCGCCACCUGCCACACCUCCAUAUACGAACAGUCCUGUGAAGCAUAUAAGCACCUGGGUAGAACCUCUGAUGCCUACUGGAUUGACCCAGAUGGGAGUGGCCCGCUUGGACCUUUUAAGGUGCAGUGCAACAUGACAGAGGACAAGGUGUGGAGCAUCGUGGCCAACAACCUGGCGGCCCAGUCCCCGGUGAGCAGCCCUGGGCGGGACAAGCGCGUGGUGCUGCAGCUUAACUACAGCGCGUCGGCAGAGCAGGUGGCGGCCGUGACGGGCAGCGCCGAGCACUGCGAGCAGCACGUGGCCUACGCCUGCCGCUCCUCCCGGCUGCUGAACACGCCCG